AUGCCGUCGGAAGGGAGAUGCUCGAGAGGGAAGACCAGGCCGAGGAACAAGGCUCUGAAAGGGGCUCGCAUAAGGCUGGUCAGAUGUGACGAGUCCUAUGCUGCCGAAAACCCGGUGGUGAGGUCGCAUUUCAGAGGCAGCAUCGAUCUUGGGCGCCAUCCCAUCAUGGCUGCCACACCUCAGCCCGGCUGGCAGGCGUCCCUGCGCGGCCUGGAAGCUGAGAGGCGCAGGCCUCUGAUGAACAUGUGGGCCAAAAAUCGCUUGGUCCUGUUCCUGCUCACCAUCCUUGGCAUGACGCUGCUGUGCUACCAUUUGGAUUUCAAUUUCUCAAAUUCUGUGACUGAAAGUGAAUAUAUUCUGUGGAGCAGUGAAAAUCCUAAUGGACAAUCUCUGGAAAAAACUUAUGUACGGAGAGCUCUGAUAAGUUUCUUCUUUCCCACAACAUGCAUUGUAAAGGAGAAUCAGGAAGUGGAGGCUUGCAAUAAUCUGCCAAAUCUUAACAAGAGUGCAUGUUUGGAAUACAGAUGCUGUUAUUCAUCAUUUGGGACCAAGAACUUCAGCUGUUUUGCCCCAUUAAGCAAUAAGCCUUUGCAGAUAUUCCGGAUGUUUGGAUUUGGUGUGAUUAGCAUGAUCAUCCUGGGAUGUCUGCCCAUUUAUUGCUUUUCUCUUCACUGUAGAAGCAAAUGGAUCUAUCCUUUACGAAGGAAGGCCAAAAGGAUUUUCAAGAAGUUGAAGAAACAAAGAAACAAACUAAAGAGGGAUGCUGAAAUGUUAAGGGCAGCAAUCGAAAAUGAGGAAGGAUUAAAUGAGGACAAGGAACAAGAGGAUGAAGCAUGA